GCUGAUACACUCUUUUGAUCAGUCUUACAGCGAACGUCUCAGGCUUCGGAUAAGGUGCUGCGCUUUGUGCCAUAAUAAAGUGUGCUAACGGUCUCAUUAUGGCAACCACCUCGAAGGAAAUGCUGGCUGAUCUAGGUGCUGAAGAUGAAACACAAGAGGAUUACGAUCCUUACAAGCAUCGAACAAUCAGCAAACCCAACUCGUGAGUGUUGCUUACUAAUAAAGUGCUUCGCAUGUCAUGCAACGGAAUUUCUUACAGCACGGUCGGUACAUUCAUACACGUUAUGAAGGGUGCAAUGGGCGUUGGAAUACUAUCGAUGCCAUACGCCAUUCGAAAUGGAGGUCUGAUAUUUGGAGUUAUCGGCACGUUUCUGCUGGGAAUGCUCUACUCGCAUUGUGUGCAUUUGUUGGUUGACACCGCCUAUAAGAUUUGUAAGCGAGAUCGAGUACCGAUGCUAAGCUUUGCACAAACUGUAGACCGUGCCUGCGCUUUAGGUUCGCCAAAAAUGCGCCCAAUGGGCAAAAUAUUAAAGAAUGUAGUGGACUAUUUCCUGAUGAUACCGAUAUCAUCCAUGAUCUAUAUGGUGUUCGUCGGCUCCACCAUACAUGACGUUAUCAAUGCCCGCACAGAUCUAGAUUGGAACGUUCGAAUCUAUAUUCUGUUGGCUGCAAUACCAGCAAUAGGAAUAACCCAGGUCAGGGAAAUUAAGUACCUCGUCCCAUUUUCGGCUAUAGCGACGACUUUGAUCUUUGCGAAUGUCGUCAUUUCCUUGUACUAUAUCUUCAAGGAACCUCUUUCAUUCGACGAUCGGGAUCUAUUUCCUACGUUCGAUUCGUUAACAACAUUUCUCGGGUAGGUAUAAAUGCUAGAACUUUAGUUUCA